UGUCUGCCGAUCUGAGGCCACCGAGUUACCGCUGCAAUGGGGAAAGAGAAGAUCCACAUCAAUAUCGUGGUUAUUGGCCAUGUCGACUCUGGAAAAUCCACCACCACAGGCCAUCUGAUCUACAAAUGUGGGGGGAUCGAUAAAAGGACCAUCGAAAAAUUCGAGAAAGAAGCUGCCGAGAUGGGCAAAGGGUCCUUCAAGUAUGCUUGGGUCUUGGACAAACUGAAGGCAGAGAGGGAACGUGGAAUAACUAUUGAUAUUUCUCUGUGGAAAUUUGAGACUGGUAAAUAUUACAUCACAAUCAUUGAUGCUCCUGGACAUCGGGACUUCAUCAAGAACAUGAUCACUGGCACUUCUCAGGCAGACUGUGCUGUACUUGUUGUGGCUGGAGGUGUAGGUGAGUUUGAAGCUGGUAUCUCAAAGAAUGGACAAACUCGGGAGCAUGCCCUCCUUGCUUAUACCCUGGGUGUAAAGCAACUUAUAAUUGGUGUCAACAAGAUGGAUUCCACUGAACCUCCAUAUAGCCAGAAGAGAUUCCAGGAGAUUACCAAGGAAGUCAGUACCUACAUCAAGAAAAUAGGAUAUGAUCCUCGUGCUGUAGCAUUUGUCCCAAUUUCAGGAUGGCAUGGAGACAACAUGCUGGAGCCUAGCAGCAAUAUGACCUGGUUCAAAGGCUGGAAGGUAGAAAGAAAAGAAGACGGGUCUACCACUGGAAUUACUCUUCUUGAAGCUCUUGACUGUAUUCUACCUCCCACAAGACCUACAAACAAACCCCUUCGUCUUCCUCUGCAGGAUGUAUACAAGAUUGGAGGUAUUGGUACUGUACCUGUUGGACGAGUAGAAACUGGUGUCUUGAAGCCAGGUAUGGUGGUGACAUUUGCCCCUGCCGGCAUCACAACAGAAGUAAAGUCUGUGGAAAUGCACCAUGAAGCUCUGACCGAGGCUAUGCCUGGUGACAAUGUUGGCUUUAACGUGAAGAAUAUAUCUGUGAAAGACAUCAGGAGAGGGAAUGUGGCUGGUGAUAGCAAGAAUGAUCCUCCAAUGCAGGCUGGCAGCUUCACAGCUCAGGUGAUCGUCCUUAAUCACCCCGGACAGAUUGGUAAUGGCUAUGCUCCAGUCCUGGAUUGCCACACAGCCCACAUAGCCUGUAAGUUUGCCAAAUUGAUCGAAAAGAUAGACCGCAGGUCUGGCAAAGUAUUGGAGGCUGAACCCAAGUUCCUAAAAUCUGGUGAUGCUGCAAUUAUUGAGAUGAUUCCGGGGAAACCAAUGUGUGUAGAGACCUUCUCCAACUAUCCUCCUCUUGGUCGAUUUGCUGUCCGUGAUAUGAGGCAAACGGUUGCAGUGGGUGUUAUCAAAGGUGUGGACAAGAAGGCUCCAACUGCAGGGAAAGUGACAAAAUCUGCUGUCAAAGCUACAAAGAAGUAAAAGAUCCACUGUGUGGAAACAUGAUUCUCUGAAUGCUUCCUAAUGUGAAAUGUACCUUUAAUAAAAUGCAACAACCUGA